AUGGGCGAAUCCACAACCGUCAUGCCUGUCUUCGAGGUUUGCUUGAUGGACAGGGGCGGCAGGCCGUCAAUGCGCCAAAGAAAGACCACUCUUCGUGACUGCGAGACUACCAUGGCGGACGACGGGAACGGCCGCACCUGGGGAUGGGCUCAGUUCAUCGCAGGAAGUCUGGCGGAGAGAAAUUACACAACGGCUGAUGGGCACAUUACAUUUUUGUGCUCCAUCAUGGUCAUCGAUGAAAGCUCCACUCCGGUGCCGCCCUCAGACAUCGGGGCCCAUCUCGGCCAACUGCUAGAUCAGGCCGAGGGGACAGAUGUGUCAUUCAUCGUCGAGGGCCAGAUGUUCCCCGCUCACCGAGCAGUGCUAGCCGCUCGUUCGCCGGUCUUCAGGGCGGAGCUCUUCGGCUCCAUGUCCGAGGCUACAAUGCCAUCCAUCACGCUGCAGGACAUCACGCCUGCGACAUUUGGAGUUAUGCUUAGGUACAUGUACACGGAUGCCUUGCCCGCAGACAACCUGCCUGGGGGCUGUCCCAUUGACAUGCUUCAGGAUCUGCUUGCUGCGGCCGACCGGUAUGCACUUGACAGGCUAAAGAUUAUUUGCGCGCACAAGUUAUGGGAGGAGGUGUCUGUAGAAACAGCCGCAACUAUCUUAGCUUGCGCCGAAACCUACAGCUGUGCAGAGUUGAAGAGCAAGUGCAUGGACUUCAUCGUGCUGGGCAAAAAUUUGAAAGAGGCCAUGUUCACUGAGAGUUAUGGGUUGUUGCUUGUCAAGUUCCCAUCCGUUGCUGCUGAGCUCAGAGAGCGGCUACAUGACAGGAUUUAUGCGUGUGAGAAUGGAACAGAGUGA